AUGAACAGUUUAUUUGAUCCCUUGGGAUUCAUUUCUCUUGUGACAAUCAGUGGGAAAAUACUCCAGCGUGAACUUGUACCAUCUGGAAGUGAUUGGGAUGAACCACUAUCUAACGACAACAUCAACAAAUGGAGAUCUUGGCUAGAUGCUUUACAGUCUAUGAACGGUUACCAUGUUCCACGUAUGAUCGUACCUACCUCAGUUUCUACUGCACAUCAUGUUGAUGUUCAUGUAUUUUCUGAUGCCUCCGAGCAGGCAAUAGCUGCUGUAGCGUACCUUAGAGUGAUCUGUGAAUCUGGUGAUUCGUCUAUAGGAUUCCUCAUGGGCAAGUCCAAGCUUGCACCCCUCAAAGGUCAUACUAUUCCCAGAUUGGAGUUAUGUGGAGCAGUGUUAGCCACUGAAGUAGGAAAAGCUAUAUCAACUUAUCUGAGUAUAUCUUUGGACCGUUUUCAUUACUACACGGAAAGCAAAGUAGUUGUAGGAUAUAUCUCGAACACUAUCCGGAGAUUCUUCAUGUAUGUCAACAACAGGGUGGAAAAGAUCCACAGAAUCUCAUCUCCAUCACAGUGGUCCUAUGUCUCUACAGACCGCAAUCCAGCAGAUGCUGCAACUAGGGCACUCUAA